UUUUAUUUUUUUUUUGGGGGGGGGGGGACUCGGUCGCGCCGGUCCUCUUUGCGGGGAGCUGACGCGCUGUCAACACGCACCGUGAAGGGGAAGGGAAAGGGAGGGGAAGGGACAGUCCUGUCACCCAACGUGGAUCCAGAGUCGGGGCUGUUUAGCAGCGCUGCUAGCAGCCUUGCCAGGGCACGGAGUGGGCAAACUGAACUAGUGCUAAACCCUCUACUGUAAAAACUACAUGUGCCUGGCUCCCAAUGAUCUCCUAAUCUCUGGGAAUCGCCCGCCGUCCAGGACUGAGGACGUCUCUGCACCCGAAGCUGACUGCGAUCAAGAUGGAGAGUGAAAAGAAGAGGAGAAAAUACUCCACGAGCAGCAACGACUCCGACACCACCGACAGUCAGGUGACUUCGUGGUCCAGGUCAUCCAAGAAUACAGGCACCAGCAGCACAUGGGUCCGCCACCAGCACAAGAAACCAUCUGAGGUAUUUCGUACCGACUUCAUUACGGCUAUGAAGCUGCCGGACUCGGCUCAGCUUGGCCCGGAUGACUUCUACGUGCUCUCUGAUCCGUGGAGACAAGAGUGGGAGAAGGGUGUGCAGGUCCCUGCCAGCCUAGAGGCCAUACCAGAACCUGUGGUCAGGUUGCUGCCAGAGUCGACAUGCAGUCUGUCCAACAACAUGCAGGAGAGGGAGAGCGGCACCCAGCCUCCUCCCACCCAGCGCUACAGCUGCUAUGACCUGGAUGACCUGGACGUCGCCUGGCUGGAGCUGGUCAACCAUGAGUUCAGACAGAUGGCAUUACCAGAGCUGGACGAGCUGACGAUGGAGUGUGUUCUGGUUGAACUUGAGAGUGUGUGCGAGGAGAAGAUGCGACAGGCUAUCGAGACGGAGGAAGGCCUGGGAAUCGAAUACGACGAGGACGUGGUGUGCGACGUCUGCCGCUCACCAGAGGGAGAGGACGGCAACGAGAUGGUCUUCUGUGACAAGUGCAACGUCUGUGUCCACCAGGCCUGUUAUGGCAUCCUGAAGGUACCCCAAGGGAACUGGCUGUGUCGGACCUGCGCUCUGGGCGUCCAGCCCAAAUGUCUGCUCUGCCCCAAGAGAGGGGGGGCCCUCAAGCCCACUCGCAGUGGAACCAAGUGGGUCCACGUCAGCUGUGCCUUAUGGAUCCCUGAGGUGAGUAUAGGCUGUCCAGAGAAGAUGGAGCCCAUUACCAAGGUGUCCCACAUCCCCGCCAGCCGCUGGGCUCUGUCCUGCAGCCUGUGUCGAGAACACACGGGAACCUGCAUACAGUGCUCCAUGCCCUCCUGUAUCGUGGCCUUCCAUGUGACCUGCGCCUUCGACCACGGCCUGGAGAUGAGGACCAUCCUGGCAGAGAACGACGAGGUGCGCUUCAAGUCCUUCUGCCUGGAGCACAGCUGCACUGCCAGCAACAGUAGUGCAACCAUCAACAGCAACCCCAGUUUAACCAGUGUGAGCAACGGCAACCACAACACCACUUCCACCACCAACGGCGCACACAGCGCAGCCAGACCUGACUGGGCCACCACUGGUGUCAGUUCUGACCUCCGGCUGGAACAGCAGCACCAGCCAAACAGCAGCAGUGACCCGGAGCAGAGGUCGGUAUUGUACCCAGUUUCGGUGUCUGCAUCAGAGCGAGCUGAACGGGACCAGCUGGAGAGAGAGAAGGUUAGCCAGAGGAAACAGAAGCUUCAGGAGCUGGAGGAUGAGUUUUACCGACUGGUGGAUCCCAGAGAGGUGGCUGAAAAUCUGGCGCUUCCCAUCUCCCAGGUGGACUUCUUAUAUCAGUUCUGGAAAAUGAAGAGGAAGGCCAAUUUUAAUCGACCCCUGGUGACCUUAAAGAGAGAUGAGGUGGACAACCUGGCCCAGCAGGAGCAGGACGUCCUCUACAGACGCCUCAAACUCUUCACACACCUCAGACAAGACCUGGAGAGGGUGCGUAACCUGUGCUACAUGGUGACACGAAGGGAGAAAAUGAAACACACCCUAUGUGACCUCCAGGAGAAAAUCUUCCACCUACAGAUACAACUACUGGAAGAGGACAUUGCUGGCGAGAAAACCCAGAAGGGAGAAAAGAGGAAGCAGAAUGGAGUGAAGGAGAAAGGGAAGGAGAGGAGGAAGAGUAGCCCUGAGAAGAAAAAGGAGAGAUUGAAGUCAGAGAACGGCUCCCUGCUAAAAGAGCUAGGUUUGUCAAAGUCCUUCCCAUUGGACAACUCUUUGUUCGACAGCUGGCUCGCCCAGUCGGUUCAGAUUACCGCUGAUGACAUGCUGAGCCAGUGGGCUCUUGGUGCCCAACAUCGGGACAAGAGCGGCAGCCUGCUCUCCGACCAGCUCCUGCAGGGCGAGGAGAGCCUGCUAAAUCUUAUGAUGGAGAACUCUAUGCAGUCCACCUGGAAAACACCCCAGUUGGGCCGCAAACCACGAGGGAGCAACAAGCCCCGUGCUCGAGGACAACCGCAGUCCACAACCCCUACCCAGACCCCCCAUACGCUCCUGUCUGCUGCAGCUGCCUCCGCCGCCUGCAGCCCCUCCACUGCAAAGAGCCUCUGGGCGAGCGUGGCGGAGGAAAAGCCCAGCCAUGUGGGCCGGAAAGGGGAAAGGUUCAGGGGAUCUUCCAAGGCUCUCCACCAUCUUCAUCACCACCAGACCAGGAGCUCUGACCUGCACAGGGACCCUCCACCACAGCCACCCAUCUCCAAAAUGGAUUCCUGUCACAUCUCAGAGGACUCCGGACGGUGGGACAGCAUCCACACAGGAAACGGUGUUACAUCAGGGGGUGGAUCUGGUUUCACUGCAAGCUCAUCUCCACCUCUGGCCUCCAGCCCUGGGGUCAUGGUGCCCGACACAGGGGCGAUUCUUCGUGGCGGAGCCCCGCGGCUCCGUCUGUCCCGCCAAGGUAAAUCCAGAGGGAGGGGCUUCACUGGAGGUGGAGGCAUAGCAGGGCUGGGAUCUGUGGACCUACCACUGGCAGGAAAGGACACGUCCCUGCUGGACACUGCAGAGACUGACGGGUACUUCUCUGAUGGCGAGCAGAGUGAUACGGACACGCGCUCUGGCGGACGCAAACUCCGCUUGCCGCAGUUGCAUUCUGGGAAUGAGGACCUGCUGAGAAGGAGCGUGCUGGCGUCCUAAAGCACUGAGACUCCAACUAACACACACACACACACACGGUUAUCCAAGCAGUCCCGCUGGCUAAUUGUUUCUCCAUCUGUGCCCAGUAUACAGUCUACAAAACAUGGCUGUAUGGCUUUGUUCAACCAAAUCGCUGUCACAUUUACCAGUGGAAAAUCUCUUCAGCUCUUACCUGCUUUGUUUUUGGGGUGAAUUUGAAUGUAGCUGUUUGCCUGUCGUACAGUAAAGCUUCUCCACCGGACUGUAGUCUGUCGUUAGCUUACCACAAGAUGCGAUACAUUCAACAAAUAGGAAACAAACAUUACCUUUAGUCUUUUUUUUUUUGUUUUUGUAUUUCAGAUCCAUUUUGUUUCUGGGCGUUGAAGUACCCAUUUCUGGCCUCAUGUCUGUGGUAUCUGCCAGACUUGGGAACAAACACUUUGGGGCAUUAUUAUUAUUAUUAUUGUUAUUAUUCAAGCUGGUUUCAGGGUCUGCUUCGCUCUUGGUCUUUAUGGCCUGAGAUGCAUCCAAUGAGUCCUUGUUUUCUUGAAUAUGUUCAGUGGAAAGACAAUUUCACACCAGAACUGGUCUGAAUAUGUACAGAUGGUGACAUGGGACAACAUGUAUUCAGCCUUGAAAAGCACAACUAGCUAGUCGUAAGAGCUGUAAUGUAAGCACUCUUGUGUAUAAUAGAUGCUCAUUCAGGGUUGGGGUCAAUUCUCAUUAUGUUGACUCAGUUGUAAAAUGCACACUAAAGCGGUCAUAUUCAAAUUAAUCUUUACAGAAUUCCAACUAAUCCAGUUUUUGAAUAGCAAAUUGACUGACCCCAACCCUGGUGCUCAUUCGGAUUGUCACACAGAGACACGAACACAAACACACAGACAUACUGACAUACAUACUACUAUCAAAUCCUUUUGCUCACAAAAAAAAAAAAAAAAAGCCGUUGAAAUAUUUGAUCUGACUUUUGUCAGCUGCUUUCAAAUUCUUCCUAAUUCUGCGUUCUGUUUUGUUUCUUCUUUUUUUUUCCUUUUGUUUUUUUCGGGGGAGGUUUUUUUUUUUUAGCCUGAACCUUUGGAGAAAAUUCAUCAUAGAAACUCUGUGCCUUCUGUCGCUUGCCCUGUGCCCCUACCUCCCCUCGACCCCUCAACCUUAUCACUCAACCAAACAAUCGCUAAGUAGAUCAAUCAGUCGUUUCUCAAUCGGAUUUGUAACAAUCAAACCAAAAGGAUAUCCCGUUGGAUUGGUUACAGAGCGUAGCCAGCAUUGGGCUCCUUGUCACCUUAAUUGUCUAGUGCCUGAAACAAGGAUGUAAAUGCAGCGUUUGCCAUUAAUCAACAAAGCAUCUGCAAUAGUUAGCAAAGCAGAGCCACACUGUACUAUCAGCGCAAAGAGCUGCCUACUUUUUUCUGUGCCCCCCUAACUAGAUCGCUGCAGUACAGAGCCAUCAAUAAACAGAGUUUGGUCAGGUUACACUGUGACCAUCAUGUUGCUGCAACCAUAGAUACACAUGGAGAAAAGAAAAAAAAUACACACAGAAAAUAAAACAUGAAUUUUUUGUAUUUUGUGUAGACUGUUUCCUCUGCCAGCGGUCAGGUCAGUGGUAUGGAUCAAUAAUGCUUCUUUAUUCAGAAUUCCUCAUGUAAAAAAAAGCAUUUAGCAUUUUAAGAAAUGACGAGACAAGACAAACCCAAGUGAAAGCUUUUGGAGCUUGAAACCACAACUCCCAGUGGCCUGGGUGUCAACUCAUGACAUAAGAGUAUCUUAGAAAUUACAAUUACACAGCUUUUCCCUCUCAACAUAUUGUUCUUGUCUUGGUCAUAUAAAAUAAUCACUGACUACACGGGUGUGCACUGUGUUCCAAGUCAUUGGAUGAUUUAUAGGUAGUAAAGCCCUCAAAGUCACACUUAUUUCUGGUUAAUACUGUAUAUGAGGCCACCGGAUUUCACAGUGCAGUUUUCAAGCAACAGGCAUCAAGAGAAACUUGUUAACCAUACUUAAUAUCACCCAGGUGUAUCUAUGCAAUUUAGUAUCGUAAGAUGUCCAACAUGUUUUAUUCAGCUAAGCACCGAGCAGAUUUAUGGCACCAACAUGGUGGCCACUUUAGUUUGACGUGGACAAGCUCUCAUACCCGGAUGGCUCUGCUGCACCUGUUCUCCUGUUAGAUGAAUGAUGACAAUGUAAUAAUCAGCUUCAGAGGCCUGUGCUCCUAAGUUUUUGAAUUGAGUCGUUUGUAAAUUUGCUUUUAAAAAGGAGAAAAAACCUUUUUGUUCUCUCAGAGAGUUGUAUUUUGUACUUAAAGCAGUCCAUGGUAUUCUCAGGGGUUAAAAAAAAAAACUUUAAAAAAAGAAUAAAAGGUUAGAAAAAUUUAUGGAAAAAGCGACGUAAGACAUAGAUGCAUAUAUAUAUAUACACAUACAUAUUUUAUAUCAUAUACAGUAUAUAUAUAUAUAUAUAAGUGAUGUGUGUAUGUCUAGAAACUUCCUUAUUUGAACUCCUACACGACUACUACUGAGCAUGUUCCUUCUCUCAGUAUGACCAUUUGACCAUCAGCCCUGGGUUCAAUAGUCUCAACCAAUAAUUAAUGAUCAUUUUAGCUUGUUUGAGUUACCAUGUGAGUGGGACAGGUCAGAUAAUAUUGGCUCGGUGGUCAACUACAAGGAAGGACUUUCUUUUUAUUCUUUCAGCUUUCUUGCAACUAAGACCCCACCCGUCUGGUCCCAAAUUAGGGUGAAAUAAAGCAUCUCAAGUGUUUUUUUGAGGGUUUUUUAAGGGCUGCUUGACCCAGGCCUGAUGACGCUUAGGUAGAGGUGCAAGUCCAAUCUACUUCCUCUGGGUUUUUCUUUUGUUUGUUUGUUUUUUUUUUGUUUGUUUUUUUUUGUUUUUUUGUAUGGACAGCUUCUAACCUGUCUUCUGAAGUGACCACGCCAAAGAACAGAUCUGUGUAUCAAGGCAGCAUAUUUACACCUUACCUACACAAACACACUUACACAUGCUCUGUCUCUGGUUUAAAUAAUGAAAAAAAAUGUUAGAUGAGGAUGUCAGACGACUCUGCCAGCGCUGUACAGGUCAGCUCGGUUUAAUCCACAUCUCAACCUGGUUCCACCCGGCUCCACAUGGUUCAGUCAAACGUGGUGUUAUGUGACGUCCUCCAAUGCAGGGGGCACUGUUAAAUCCACCACCAAUAAAACCAACUUGGAUUUUUCCAAAUCUGCAUUCACGGGGGCUUCACAUAGGAAAAGACUGUUGCUGCAGUAAUGGGCAGACGAUGGUUGUUAAACACAGACUCACAUAUUAACCCCCUACAGGAAAUGCCAAAUGCUGCUGAACUGAACACACAACAUACAGCUCUUUCUCUCUCUCACACACACACACACCCACACACACACCAGAGUUGGUAUAACAGGGUUAUAAUGUACAAGAUGACUAGUUUUUUAUGUAUAUGUGGUCCUGACUGCAUCAGGAAGUAUGAGCUUACUCAGAGUGAAACGCCCCCUAACAGCAGGAGAGUAUUAUUACUGGUGACAGCACAGCAUUUCUGUCUCCUUUGUCCUUCAGGGGUAGCCAUUGUAGAAGUUUCAUAUUGUUCGUUAGUCCACGCUUGUCUCUUUUGAGAAGGUUUUGUGUUGAAGUGUGCAAAGUAUUGUCUAAUACUGUUGCUGUAUUUGUAAAACAGCAUAGAUAAGAGUACAGGUGGACUUUUUUUUGGACUUCUAUGAUGGCUACUGUUAUUACAACCCCCAUGGAAACUGACCAUAACAACACAUACAACAACUACAACAAUGCUUGUGUUCUGAAGCAAUGACGUGAUGAAGUUAUCCUCCACUGGGUGGUUGUUACCAUUCAUGUGUUGCGAAGACAGAAAAAUGUAAUCUUGGUUUCAAUAUUCAAUGUUCAAAGUAGCCUGACUUUGUAGACAGUGGUAUUAGACAAGGCCUCACAUUUACGGCCUUAACAUGUAGUAGCAAAUGCUAAGGCUGCACAGCGCAGGCAGGAAUAAAGAACAAUUUCUUUGGCUGAAUUUCCUCUACAGAAAGAUGAAGAGGUAGUUAGGUAGCUGUUUCUAAAAGAUUUGAACCCAAGAACAGCACCAUACUACCUUGUCAGGCAAAUUGCAGCUCAGAUGUUCUUUCUCCUCGAUGCUGUGCAGCCUUGGCAUACACAAACUGGUUAUUAUUCUAUAUUUACAGUGUGGCUUCAAUGCCCUCUCCUUCCGCUUCAUAGAUGCUGUAGACUGGAGUCUUUUGCAGGUUCUUUUUAUCAAUAUCCACUAGAAUACAACUUCAAAGCAUCACUGUCCUCUGUGUGGUACGUCGGUGUGGGUGUUGGCUUGUAGCCCAAAAUGUGCUUUGAUGAUCUUCGAAUUUUGCAGCUCUUGUCAGGUUUGGAUAUCCACGUGAUGUGAGAUCCAGAUUUGUUUCUUCUCUGGGUUUAACAUGUGAUAUCAAUAAUGGCAUUUAAAUAGUUUUUGCCUCAGAGUGAAGCAUCAGUGUCGGUACCAGCAGAAGACCUUGUGGAAUAUUGGAAGCAAGCUCGCCACUUAGUGUGCAUGGUAAAGAUAUUAUGCAUAACGGAUAAAUAUACAACUUUUGUUUUGUAAGUGGUUGAGCUGGUGCAUGUGUGUGAGCAACACCCUCUCCCCCUGGAGUUGGCAUGAAUGCUACGCUACAGAAAUAAGCUGGUGGGCAUCAUGCACGUAAUAGCAGGUCGGAAACACACCUACACACAGUGAAGCAUUCCACCCAGACUUCUGCUGAAAAGCUGGUUAAAGUCUGAUGCCGAUUGCUGCAGGCGAUUGGAACCUCUCCUAUAAUUCACACAGCUGCUGUCUACUGUACCGACACUUGUAAAAACCCCUUGGAAAGACAUCAUUGCACCAGCAGGGCUGGGUUCCUCAGAUCUUCCUCAGAUGGGCAAAGGUCACGUUUAAAGCUUUUUAUCUGCAGGGAGGCAGGUUAGGAUCAUCCAGCAACAAAAUCUGUUGUACAAGCCAGUUUUCGCAAAGAAAACCAUCUUUUGAUUUGAACAGGAAAAACCUUGUGUCGCACUUAUUGGAUGAAAAAGUUGAAUUUCCGCAGACAAAAAUUGAUUGUUGCCCUGAGGUGGUUUUGAGGAACCAGAAGGACAUCAGUAUACUGUUCAUAGGAUGUCUCUCUUCCUCUGUGGUUGCUGCUUCAUUCGAUGAGAAAGUGGUUUGAGGCUGUUCUAAGGUCAGUAAAGACAGGAUUGGCAAGUGCUCCACAUUCUUUAGUGAUAAUAUAUAUUUCCUUCAAUGCCACAGCACCUCAAAAGGUGAGUAGGAUUACAGACAACACAUCUUCAGAUUAUCGAUAUUAAAUUUAGAUUUUUAAAAAGUUAUUGUCUGUCUAUAAAAUGUACUGUCUAUAAAAAGAGACUACGUCUGUGUUUAAUAAUUGUAAUAAUCUGUAAUGUUUUCAGCCUCUCAAAUGUGGAGAAUUCCUGCUUUUUUCAGUUUUAUAUCAUAUUAAACUAAACAUGUCUUGAUUUGUCAGUCCAAAACCUGGACUGAUAAAUCAAGACAUGAAGACGUCACCUUUUGACUUUUGAAGUUUUUCAAUUUUCUGACAUUUUAUAGACCAGACGAUUAAUCGAUUAAUCUAAAAUCUGCAGAUUAAUUACUAAUGAAAAUAAUGGUAACCCCUACUUCUUAGUGCUUCCUGUGUCUGAUCUUGUCUAAUCCUUGCUUUACUGUUCUACACCAGCCAUACAAACCCACCCACCCACCUACCUAUGUACCACUGGAGUUUAUACACAUCUACAAAUAAUGUAUAAUACUGUUCAAAUACUACUACUAGAAACAUUUUCAUUUUCCGUGUUUUGAAAAAGCCUUUGGAAGCUGUUUUUUUUUUCUUUUGUAAUGCUUUAGCUGGCCGCCGUGGCUCGUAUCAAACUAGAAAGCUGACUCAUUAUCUGCUUCCUCUGUUUUUACUGGCGCUUUGCUCUCCUCUCUGUUACAGUAAAGUUAUGGCUUCAAGGUCUCAAUAUCCACAACCCAGACACCCUCCACAGAUUGGAGGUUUAGUCAUACAAUCGGAGCUGCUGUGGAGGCAAAACAAGCUUGAUUUGUCAAGUUAAGUCUAAAUUGGUGGAGUCAAAGAACCACGGUGAUUUCUCAUUUAUUCACGAUCUUACAGUGUAGAUAUUAGGCAGAGCUGGAUCAAUACAUGCAAGUAGUCAGUUUGAAUUUGGAAGGUCAUUUCGGAGAACUAGAUCAACCAGGUGCAUUGCCAUAUGUAAGAAAGUGCUAUGACUGGGCCACAUCUUGUUUUGACAAAUAAAAAGCAGAUCAGUAGAGCUCGUAUUGAUAAUUAGUCAAUUAUAGGUGGUCAACAGAAAAACAUUAUGCAGCAACUUUGAUAAUCAUUGAAGUCAUUUUUAGAGCUGAUGACAACUGAUUAGUUGAACUGCAAAUAUUGUUUGGUUCCAGCUGCUGAAAUGUGAGAAACUGAUGCUGCUCUUCGUCAUACAUGAUAGUAAAACAUUGUUUAGUGUUUUGGUCCAUUGUUUAGACAAAUGACAAAUAAAUUGACAAUGAAAAUAAUCAUUAGUUGCAGCCUUACAGAUUACAGAGUCGAAUUUUACCACUCAGGUUGCUGCACAAAACAGGGAUGUUGUGGUUGCAUCCAUAUCUGAGAAAUAUCAAGUAAUCUGUAGAUUAUUUUUUCUUUAAUCUUUUGUUUUAUAAAAUUCCAAACACAAGUUUUGCUCACAUGCCUUGUUUAAUCCAACCAACAGUCUCAACGCGCAAAGAAAAACCCAGAAAGACAGCACAUUUUCACACUUUGGAAGCUGAAACCAGAAACAAUUGGAUAAACAAAUGUUAGGAUGAGUCAAUUAUUAAAAUAGCCACAGAAUUAUUUAUCUAUAGCUCAACGUAUCAGUCAAUCAAUUGUUUCAUGAUUCAAGUUAGACCUUUAUCCACUUUUGAAAGCACCCACUUCUCCAAUAGCACCACGCAAAGCAGAUGUGUAUUUUCAUGUCAAACUGUGAUAUUAGAUCUGCCUCCAGAGCAGCUCCAGCACGUUUUUAAAACUAAAACUCCCAUCUGUGCAAACUGUGCACCUUACUCUGCCUCUGCCAUCCAACAUCUUCCCCCUCCCUGCUCACUUUUCCCUCUCCUCUCCCACCACCAGCAAAGUCCCCUCUUCUCCUCCAUCCUGAAUCCCUAAAAAACAAAUAAACAGAAAAAAAAAUCCCUCCUGUCGUGUCCCUCCUGCCCACAACUCUUCCUCUCUCCUUUCUUCUCCUCUCCUAUCUCUGGAGAUCAGCCUCCUUGGCCGGCAUGUGGCUCUAUUCGAAAUGCUUUGGAAGCAUAGGACAAUAAAAAAAAAAGGAAAGAAAAGAUAUAAAAAAGAAAAGAAAAAAGGAUCUCUGUAGCUUUAAGGACAAAUAAUGACAGGCACGUGUUGUGAAAGUACGUGUGAGGAGGGGGGAAAUGUUGCACUCUGCUUUGGCCUGGAGAGAGAGAGAGAGGGAAAAAGAGAGAUGGAUAGAAAGAAGAAAGAAAGAAAGGGAGGAGAGGAGGGAGACAUUUACUGAACCGGAGCCAGAGAAGCAGACAGAGAAAGAGUACAACUUGUUCUUUCCCCUGUGUUGUGUUUGCAGCCUGUCCACACAGUCAAGUUAACAAGCAGCUAAUAUAAACAGCACCAGGCCCUUCCCUUCUCCUUGCCCUCUUGCCUCCUCAUCUCUCUCUCUCUCUUUUUCUGUCUGUGCUCUCUAUCUCUCUCUCUCUCUCUCUCCCUCUGUACAGCCAGGUCUCCAUCCAAGUAUUUCCUUUACAAGCUGUAACAAUUGAAUCAGGAAAGCAGAACGGAAACUGGUCAAAUUUACAUUUAAUGGCAUGGCCAGUCCGGAAAACAACUCAGUUUUGUGGGAAGAUAUUUUAUUAUCGACCUUGACUUUUAAUAUGAAUCACCCUCUGUGGUUAGAUGAUGCUUUUAUUUUUAUUCAGACAAAAAACAACAAAUUUAGCCACAGAUAAUAAUGAAGGCUUACAAGGAGAAGGCUGUCCAUGUUCUUUAUUUCUCCUUACUGUCAACAACAAAACCAACAAUUAAUUGAUCCAACUCACAACUAAGUACGUCCAAGCUGUACCCCAACCCUGAUAUAUCUUAUUCCUCAAUGGCAUAGACCUCCAUUAUAUUAUAUAUAACAAAAACAUAUAUAAAAACCUCAGUGCAGCAUACACCAUCAUGCUGCUGUAAGUACUGAUGUGUCAAUUGUGUUUUAAUCCGCAGCUAAAACUAGUCCCCAACAAAUGCACCAUUUACUCCUUUUUGCUAAACCUACCAACCAGCUAUAUUAAAACAUAUUUUUUAAAUGAAACUAUAUAUUUUUCAGCCAUUUUUUUUUUUUUUACUUUUUAAUAUUAUUCUAUAUACUGAAUAUUUAAAUAUUCAUUAGGGACAUGUGGGCUUGUCUAGGCAAGUUUAGCUAGGCAGCACAUAAUGUACAUUAAAAGUAACAUGUAUAGCUGGCUACGAUAACUGUCUUGAGUUAUGACUAUCCCGUAAACUCCAGGUGAGGCUAUAUGCACACCUGUCACAGUUCAUUUAACUGUGAUGACUUCAGGUGGCUAACUAGUGAAUUUAAUGGUCACAUCUAUGAGAGGAACAGACUGAAAUUAGCUCUGUUUGUGUCUGAGUUGACUGUGCAUAUCUUUGUUAUCCUUUGUGCAAACUGACUCACAAAAGAAACACAAACAGCAGGAGCUCUAUCUAUGCUGAAACUGAUUAUUAAAGUGGAUGUCUGUGUUAUACUUAUUUAUAGCAUCUGGUACUGACAAUCCAGUUAGCUGUGUUGCUGCCAAAACCUAUUUUCUUAAUGUACAUAAUAAUGACAGCCUUGCAAGUGGUGCAGGUCCUUUUGUUAUUCCUGCUAUCUGGCACAGUACGUAGAUGUUUCAGACAUGUUUUGUCUUGGUGCAUUUUAUAAAGUUUGAAUCCUGAAUUGUUCCCAAGUUCAACACAAAUUAAGAUUAUUAAUAUUUAUUUGUUGGCCAUAUCACCCAGCCCUGCUUGAGUUGGACUGCCACAGACAGGGAGAAAUGUUGACAGUAAGAAAAAUACAGCACAGCAGCAGCUUUAUUCUUUAAAUGUCACAAUCGAGUAUUAUAUCAUUUUUGGCAACUUGAAACCUUGAUGGAAACAUGGCUUGAGUUUAUGGUUCCUCCCUUACAAUCUGAGCAAUUUAUUCACCCUCUUUACAUCUGGUUUUACAAUUAGGCUCCAGGGAGGUUCAGACUGGACUCAGACAUAUAUCACAGCAGACAAAUUGAGGUGUGAAUGGAACCAAGAACGCACUGAAGAUCCAUUUGGCUGAAGCUACCGUCCCCCACCGGUGGUCAAAGCAACAUUUGUUAGCAUUAAAUUCUGAGUUUGGCUGGGAACUGCACACAAAGUGUAAAUAUAACGAAAAGGACACUGGUGGGAGUCUGUUUUAUGAAGAAUAGAGUGAUUUCAGCGCAGGCACUGGAGACACUUUACUUCCAGGUGUAAAUGUGAUCUGGAUAAAUCACAUCUAGACACAAUCUGAAUUUAAGACGCAGGUUAAGAGGCCCUCUGUACUGUGUUUCUGCUAUUUCUUCUAGUCAUAACUUCACUGCUCUGCCUGUCACUGCUUUAUUUCUUUCUCCUGGUUAUUUUAUCCCAUUUUUUCACUGUUCCCCAUCAAUGCUUUUGUAAUCUGACUUCUUUUUUUCUUUAGUGCAUGUUUAUCAUCUUCCUCUGAGGCAAAUAUGUAUUUAUUUGCCUCCAAGGUCCGAUCUUUGAUGCAUGCAGGGAAGAAAAAUGCCUCUUGAUUACAUAAAUUGGGGAAAGUGCUGUCCCUCUGUACGCAUGUGUUAUUGUGAUAAUACACUGUAUCCAAACAGGUGUGUGUGUGUGUGUGGUUGCAGAAGGCAUAGGAGUAUAGUUAUGUGCACACGGUGAGCCAGAGAAACUGGGUUAAAUCUAGUUUAAACUAUCCAGCAGGUCAUCUGUUCUCCCAGUGAGGUGACUGAUCUUUUGCUUCAGUCUCCCUUUGUUCUCCUCACCUCCUUUUCUUUCUCCAUCACCACCAUCUCCUCCUCCCCCUCCUCCUCCUCCUCCUCCUCAUCUGAAGGGAACUGGAACAGUCUCUCACUCUCUCUCAGGCUAUUUCCACACUAAGCUGGCUAACUUUGAAAACACUGUUUACCUAAGAAAACUGAAAAGUUCACUCAAGCAUUUUUUUUUUAGGUCAGAUAAGUAAAGAUCCACACUAAAUGUUUGAACAAUAGGAAAAAUCCUAUCUACAACCAUAUUCUUCUAACUGGUAGUUGGUUAGCUGUACCUAAUGUGGUAUAUGUGCUAUUGGGCCAUACAAGUAAAAUUCUGUUUCUAUAUGCCCUCAAAAAAAUGGCUUACAGUAAACUAGAAACCCGUUUUCAAUAACCUAGGUAGGGAAUGCAGAACCUGAUUUUCUUUAAAUAACCCGGUUUCUUGAUUGCAUGUAAACAUACUGACUCGUCUACCCCAUUUAUAUCAGUGAGAGUGGACUAAAUAUAUUCUCGUUUCUCAGUACAACACAGACUACAGCUUUCAGAAUCCACACCUCUUUUUAAUAAUAAAACCUGAACAUGUAACCUUCACGAUGGCAGGAUUUGCUGAUGGAAUGAUUUAGUUAAUAUAGUAGUAUCCGUAUUUUUCUCAGAGAACUGAAUGGGCAGAAAAUAGUGAUUGAUCGGGUGACCACAGAGCAGGCAACAGAAAGAUCUUUACUGCCACACAGGGUUAGGGUAACUCAAGGCUGGCAUUUUCCCACUCUGGUGACUGCUUUCAAAAAGCUUUGUUUUAGAAGGACACCGGCUAAGUGUGGACAAAGAGCCAAAAUGGAUUCCUGUGCAUGUACUUUUAUGCAUUUCCCCUCUCCUCUCUAUUUAUAGUCAGUCUGUCUUUCUCUUACUUUGUGUUGCUUUGACAUUUUCUGUCGCACUCUCAGCUUCACUUUUCUCCUCCCUUCUUCUUCUGUUUCUCUCCUCAGUGCAGAGCAGGCAGUUUCUGACUCUCAUAAUAAAAAAAUUUAAUAAAAUAAAAAGAUCUCACUCUCCUCUCCUGACCUGCGAUUCACAGGUUCAAGUUUUCUCCCUCAGGUUUAAAAAAAAACAAAACUUAUUCACAGCUAAAAUUCAGUGGAGUUUUGGUUUGCAGGUUUUCAGCAACAUUUUCAUAUAAACUUCUCUUAAGUCCUUUUUCCUAUGAGCACUUAUAAAUAUCCAAUUUUAUGUUAAUCUGCUAUUUUAAGCACUUAGUAUGUCCUCAUUUGUUGAAAUAAGGUUAAUUGAUUAAGCUGCUUCUUGUUUGAACAGUUACUCUCCCUCCUCUCUGCUCUCUCGUGACAUUUUUAAACAUUAUUGGGUAUCAUUCUGCAACAUGGGAUUGUUUUGCAUCAUAUUGGUCAUAUUUAGGCACUAUCUGAAUACCAAUCAGCCUCAUCCAAUCAAAGCAGAGCUGGACACAGGUUUUGUCUCCUCCUCGUCCUGUCUUAUUUGUCCUUAUAAAAGUGUUAAAAUCUCUGCUGUCGUGUCCAGUUUCUCCUCCACUCUGCAUCGGUUCUUCAAUACAAUAAUAUGAAUGUUGCAGGAGUUUAUCCUUCUGUAUUCUUUGUUUCAAAGAAUGUUGUGCCAUUUGUUAAUAGCAAAGAGAACUAUUGAACAUAUAUGAAAAAGAAGAGCUAUUUUAAAUUAUUUUUUGGCUUUUUUUGCUAUAUUUAUUUUCUUGUAUUAGAAUCUUCUUUGUAGGAGGGAAAAAUCAAAAAAUGUAUUUUUCAUUAGUGCGAAAAACCUAUUUUCUUCCUUUUUGUACAAUUUCGAUGUUUUAAGCGAGACUUUGAAAAGCAAUAUGACGAUGAUGACGAUGUUUCCUGUGACUGUAUCUGCAUGCUGUUUGUGUUGCCUUAAUGAUGGCUGCGUCCCACUUUGAUCCCUCUCUACCCCACCCUACCCCCAACCUGUCAGGCCCCUCCCUCCCCCAACUCUGAACCCACCCCUCCCAACUUCCACCUUCAUCUGAUGGAGUCCCAGUCCCACCUGAUCCAGUCUAGACCAAUCCAGUCCAGUCCAGUGCAGUCAAUAAAGCAGUGCUUUCUGUGUA